AUGCAAUCGACCGACAUAGCCUACUACACCUACAUUUACGCCAAAGUCGACGAGCAGCGGUACCAAACGGUCACGAGUUGGACGAAAUGCGCGACCUUGUUCGGUCGCAGCGCUUGUGGAAUAGUCGCUCAAUUGACUACUUCUUAUGGCCUACUGGAUUAUGAACAACUUAAUUAUCUUACGAUCGGAGCUUGCUCCCUAGCAGCGGUCUGGGCGUGUUUUUUGCCCCCAGUCGAACAGUCGAUAUACUUCAAUAAGCGAUCGAAUCCUCCGUCUAUGGGAGCUACAUCGAUUUCGAUAAUCAAUCUGGGCGAUAGUAGCAAGAAUAGAAACGAAAAAACCGGACAGCCCGAAAAUUUAGUGAGCCCAACCACAGGUGCUUUAUCCUUCGGUGCCAAGCUACGUCAUGCCUAUAGUCUUCUCUGGUCGGAUUUUCUCCAGGCGUACUCCAACAGGCGUGUCGUCAAAUGGUCCCUGUGGUGGGCUCUCGCCACCUGUGGCUACAUCCAAGUCGUCCACAACAUACAUCUACUGUGGAUACACGCUGUCGAGGCCCAACACUUGCCCAAAGACACAAAGAUUUACAACGGUGCCGUAGAAGCGAUCGAUACGCUAACAAGUGCCGUGAUGGUCGCCGGUAUAGGUACUUUGCGUUUAAAUUGGUCACUGCUGGGUGAGCCGAUUUUGGCCAUAUUUUCGCUCAUCGAAGGUCUCCUUUUGGUCGCAUUUUGCAUAAGCUACAAACUGUGGGUCUUAUACGCGGCUCGCAUAGCUUUUGGAGUUAUAUUUCACUCAAUAAUAACGAUCGCCAACUUUGAAGUCGCGAAACGCAUAGCGAAAGACAGCAAAGGACUGAUAUUCGGAAUAAAUAGCUUUUUUGCACUGUUGUUUCAAACCAUUUUGACUUUGGUUGUGAUAGCUUGGUUGAAGUUACACAUAACAUCUCAGUUCAUAAUCUAUGGUGCCUACUAUGGAGUACUGGGGUUACUUUUCGCCGUGAUGAGCGUGUUAACCAUUACAAAAGUCGUGAGAAGUAAAAAUCCAGUUGCACUGUGGAUUACAAAGUCUUACGAAUGUGAUACUAUGGUAAAAUAA